AUGUCGCAAGCAACAAAAGAAAGUGCUAAGCAAUUAGUGAAGCUGUUAGAGAAGUUCCCUAAGGAGCGUGUUAAGCAUCUCAUUUCAUUCAAAGAGUCACAACUAGAUAGGUUCCGUCCAGUUGCCGGAAUAGAAACCGGUAGUGCCUCUGAGCAAAGUAAGCCUUCUCUUGCAGAGAUUAAGGAUAUUAUCAACAGAACUUCUGGCCCAUUAGGUUUGAAGAAAGAUCUAUUAAAGAAAGUUCAAGAGGCUUUACCAGAAGAACAUUUCAACGAUACUCAAAUCCAAGAACAGAUAAGAUCGUUGAAUGCUAUAAUGAGCGAUAAAUAUAAGAAUUAUUAUGCUGUAGGGGACAAAUUAUACAAGCCAGCAGGUAACCCAAUUUAUUACAAAAGAUUGCAUGACGAAAUCGAAGGUAAGGGUAAGGAAACUUUCUUUACAGCUAUGAGAACUGUCGUAUUUGGUAAGUAA